AUGUCAUUCAAUACACUAGCUGCUGGUCUGAAGCAGACAAUUAUCACAGUAUCACCACCUUCUGACGAUUAUCAAAUUUGCUAUGAUGUCGUUAUUAAUUUCAUAUCGGCAGAAGGUCUACCCAAAAUGGAUAUUGCGGGUUGUGGUGACCCAUAUUUCGAAGCCAAAAUCGAUGAUAGAAUUAGAUUCGUUUCAUCCAUCCAAUCGAAUACAUCAACACCAACUUGGGAUGAUGGAGAAUGGAUCGUUCGAAAUAUUCCUCGUACGGCAAAACUUCUCGUUCGUCUUUAUGACAAAGAUGAUGAAAAAGUAGCUGAUGACUACUUUGGUCAGUUUGAAAUUACUGAUCUCAUUGAUUAUCAACCUCCACCGAACGGACAUACCAUCAUUGGUCUAUUAGGUUUACAUCACGGUCAAUUCCAUUUGUCUAUUCAAUCAAAUAAAACAUCUGUGGAGAAUCUUAAACUUCCUCCCUAUACCUUUGACGGUCCUUGUUAUUAUUCUCGUCAUGAUUCGUUACCUGUCGGACGACUCACCAUGAUUAACGAAGAUUGCGUCUAUCCAACAUGGAAAGUACAAUUGCGGCGAAUUCAAACAUUUUUCCAUUCUCAAUUCUAUCAAUCAUGGAAUAGACAUCAUAAACCAGCUCAAAUGAUUUUUAAUGAUAGUAUUCGUUCGGCGGCUAUUCAAACAACAAUCAAAAUGGCACAUAGAGCAUUGUAUAGACGUACGUUAAAAAACAAUCAAAGUGGACGAUUGAACACUGUUGACGAUCUAUGGAAGCUGUUUGUCGAUAAAUCCACAAAACAAAUAAAACCAUGUAUCUAUACAUAUAUUAUCGAUGAUAAUACAUGGCGAUUUAGCGAAACGGGUGCUGGAAUUUUUAUCGAUUUUGCAAGCAAACAUGCUCUUCUAGCGAAUGGUUCAGAUCAUGUUUGUUAUGCUGGAGAAUUUCAUCCUCGUCCAAAAUAUGGAUGGGAAAAUUUGACUGAUGAAUGGGAAUUAGUAUUCGAUAAUGGAUCUGGCACAUAUGCACCGAGUAGUACUUUAUUGUCGAAUUUGAAAGAACUAUUUAUAUUCAAUUUUCCUGGAUUGAACGUACUUGUUUACGAUUAUAAAGAUCCACAUUUAAAAAAAUGUAUAGAACAAUUGAAACUGGCUCAAGAACACCGGGAGAAUAGCUUUGCGACGAUCAGUCAACUUUUACCACCUCUAUAG